CCUCGCUCUCUUUCUCUAUAGUCUAUUCUCCCUUCUACUUACAUACGGAUUGAUGGUAUCGUGGAUGCAUUCUAUCCUCGUUCCUGAUCUCCCCCCCACAGUGCCAUGAGCACUCCUCCCCCGGUUCAACAUGUCCCUAAUACCAUGGAGGACGAGACGCAAGACUGGUUCCAUGAUCAUCAUUAUCAUGGCCUAGCCUCGGAUUCCUACAGUGCAGAGAAACUUCGGUACGCCUCCGCCAAACAUGUACACGUAACCAGCAGGCGAUACUUCAUCGGUCCCAUCCCCAAAGGCUGGCUUCAACACCACCGCAAAUCAUGGUUCAAGACCCGGGGCAAGUUCAAGAAGCACAAGGCUCCCACCUUUUCCGCCGACACGGGUCUCAUGACCCGCCCGGACGGCUCCGAUCAACCGCGACCCGGCUAUUCAACUGGCACAGGGGACUUUCCCUCCCCAGAGACCUCAUCCGAGGACGAUGAGACGGAACGGGAAGACGAUCAUGGAGCAGAGACAUCCGGACCGUCUGGAGACCUCCGCAUGAUAGCGUCCGUGGAGGAGACCGAUGGAGGCCCGACGAGAGUCGCGGAACCAGAGAGCACACUUCCCCAGGACCACGGAGACCAGGGACAACCGGAGAGCACCAGGCGUGACUCGGAAUCCUUCUACACCGCACGGGAACCACCCCCGAGCCAAGGUAAAACCCGGGUGUCCACCCUCCAACGCUCCAGUGGAACGGACCUGGGACCAUCCCCCUCGGAAGAAACCAGUCAGUAUGAGGCCAGUCAGUCAACCCCCAUAAUCAAUACCAGCGAAACGUCGAUCACCCCUUUGCUAAGCCGACCACCGCCGCUCAAGGGCAAAGGUAAAGCGACAGAUUCACAUCCCACCCCACCCAUACCCAGCGAACCUGGAGAGACCCCGGACGGAACCGACCCGAAUGCGCCAGGCGCAUCCAGCCGGCGCGGGACCGUGUACAAUACCGCCAUCUGGCUGGCACAGAAGGCCUCGAGAACCGGAAUAGACGACAAUUUGUGGAAUAAGAAGGAAAGAGCCCGUUCGCGGAUAUCCAGAACGCACGAUGCUGUCGCGGACAAUCUGCCGCAUCGGCGACGUAACAAGGGCGGCGAAAUCAUCAAGGCGGAGCAUAUGCUGGCCCGGGUCGAGGAGAGUCCGCGCGAACUACCGGACGACUACAUGGAGAAUCACAGCCAGCGCAUGGAGACCAGGGUCGUGGACCGGUGGCGCGAAUUCCUGGUCGUCUGCCGGAGAUCCUCGGAUCCCUCGGCGCGGUUCUGUCUCCAGAUGUACAAAACCCGCGUCAUCCCCGAUAUCCAGAAGAAGGGCGCGCGCAUCUCACCCUACUACGAGGUCCUGCUCGACCGCAAGACGGUCAGCGUCAAUCUGUAUUCGUCGCUGGACAAGACCAUCGUGAUCUGGAGACCGUCCAAGUAUGGAACCAAGAUCUUCAUCAUACGACCCAAGUCGUCGGCGCAUGCGGCCGAAUGGUCCACCUUUCUCCGCCAGGCGUUGGGUUGGCGUCGGCCUUCCUCGCUGGCGAUCAAUGUGCCGGACCUUGGCGUGGCCUUGGUCUUUCAGAAUCCAUUCGAGCAAAUCGACGUAGGUGCUAACGCCAAUCGCUCAGAUGACGAGGACCGCGUCCUGACCCGGUCCGCGGCGCGCGAACGAUUCGCGGCCGCGUCGAUUAUCCACGGAUGCAUGGAAAUGCUCUCCAAGGAAUCGGAAUGGGCCGACGUCCUAAAACAGUGGUCCAAGACCGAGAAGAUGGGACUAGCCUGGAAGCGCUACGACCGGUUAGAAUGGGUCUUUGGAAUCAACGAGCAAAAGAUGUACGGUACCAUGGCGAUGCAGACAUCCCACGAACUGGAGCUCCGGCCCCGCCAACACUAUCGCACCCAUAUCGUAGCCAACAACGAAAGGCAGGAUGAGCCCGAGCCGGUAGAAGGGUUCUUGAUCCGCCUGACCUCCCAGCGAGGCGUGCACCAACGCCGGAACAAGAUGUUUUACAAACGCCUGUACUUUUUCUGUCAGGACCACUACCUUUUCUUCUGCCGGCCGACGAGGGCACUCCCGCCGUCGCCUCCCCGGAUUUGCGAACACGAGUCCAACAUCCCGUCGACGCAGGACAUCAUGAGUGCUUCUCCCUUGUGUUACCACGUUGACCCGUUCCCGCUUCACGAGGGGGGCAUCGAAUGGUUGUCCAGCGGCAACGAAGAACACAUCAAGAGACACGACACAGAGGCAGUCGUCCAGCUGCGCAGGAACCUCCACAACAUCUCCCGCUCCGACGGCUUCAUCGACCUACGCCAGGUGGAAGAAGUGCGUCCCGUUCAACGCGACAGCUGCCCCGCGGACCCGAACGUCGGCGCAGGCCCCGACGUCGCGUUCCACCCGGACGCGCAGGACUCGCAGCGCGACGACGGUGACACCCGGGAGUUCGACGACGACCGCACGUUCGAACUGCGUCUGGACAACGGGCUCGUCGUCCGAUUACAGGCGUACAACGAUGUCACCAAGGACGAAUGGAUCACGCGUCUUGAUGCCUUGGUGCGGUACUGGAAGCUGCGGUCCGCGGCGGACUCGACAGAGCUCAAGUCCAUCCGCCAGCGGAAUCUAGAGCUUCUGGGCAUCGACGAGGAGCUGGAGUCGAUGGUGGGGCAGUACGCGUGUAAAUGGGAAGUCAAGAAGGCGCUGGCCUCGCCGCUGCUGCACAACAUGUGCUCGCUAGCAGGAUGUCGAGCCAUCAAGAUGUCCGGCCAACUCUACCGCAAACCCCGCCGCCACUCGACCUUCAAACAAUGCGACGUAGUCCUCACUGACGGCAAACUGCUCAUCUUCCGCAGCGCGCUGCGCAAGCGCAACGGCGUCAACGUACCCCACACGCACACGCACCUCGAAACCACCCUCGACCUCAACGACUGCUACAUCUACUCCGGCAUCCUGACAGAAGACGACCUCCUCUACGCGAACCAAACCUUCGACAGCAACCACCCGGGCCAGCACCACGCCCUGCCCCGCGUCUACCUCUCCACAGACAUGUACACCAGCAGCGACGAGGACACGGCCAUCACCUUCGUCGUGUGGCAGCCGCUGCGGAAGAAUCUUUUCCGCGCGCACGAGUUGGGUCAGGAGGGUCAGAGGAGGCAGACGCUGAAGCAGGUUUCGAGGCUGGGUGUGCAUGGCCGCACGGCUGUGUUUAAGGCGAGGAGUCGGGUGGACAAGGAUAGGUGGGUUUUGAGUAUUGCGUCUGAGAUUGAUCGGUUGCAGGAGGAGAAGCCCGAGGAUAUUCGGGUUGUGACGCCGUCGGCUAGAAGAGGUGUAUCUUAGUUUCUUUCUUCGUUCUUCUCUCUUAGUUGGUUCUUGG